AUGGGGUGCUCUAAACCCCUGCUUUUCCAGGUUGUCUCCAACUCCAUGGAAGCAGUGAAAAGUUCUCCAAAUUCCCCAGUUAGGAGAAAGCGGAAACGAUCUCACCGGCUCCUCAGCCGUGUGCCCGUCCCCCUGGAGUGCUACCGCUGCAACAUCUGCAAGAAGGACAUCAAGCACCUCUCCAACUUCCAGGAGCACCAGCGCAUCCACACGGGCGAGCGGCCCUACCGCUGCGAGACCUGCCAGAAGGACUUCAUCCGCUGUGCUGACCUCAUCAAGCACCGCCUGGUCCACUCGGACAAGCGGCCCCACCGCUGCCAUGCCUGUGGCAAGCACUUCAAGCUGGCUGGGGACCUGGCCAAGCACAGCAAGGUCCAUUCGGACGAAGCACCCUUCCAAUGCGACGUGUGUGCCAAGAGCUUCAAGCGCACGUCCUGCCUCAUCAAGCAUCUCCGCAUCCACACAGAGGAGAAGCCUUUCAAGUGCCCCCAGUGCAGCAAGAGGUUCAAAUGGGAAGCCUCUGUCAAGGAGCAUCAGCGCAUCCACACGGGUGAGAGGCCCUUCAAGUGUGAGCACUGCACCAAGAGCUUUACCCACUUCUCCACCUUCCUGCAGCACAAGAGAACUCAUCAGAACCAGAAGCAGUUCAGCUGCAAACACUGCUCCAGGUCCUUCAACCACAAGUCCAACCUGCUGAAGCACCAGCGCACAGUGCAUAGCUAG